CCCGAGAGUCGGGGGGGGGGGGGGCCGGCGGGCGCGCGCACUGGCGCGGGCGGGAUGGCGGCCGGCGGGCGCGCGCACUGGCGAGGGGGAGGCGGCGGAGCUGCGGGGCCGGGCCGGGCCUGCUGGUUCUGGGCCCGCGCGGGGGCCGGGCGCGGGAGGGGCAGGUCGAUGCCCGCGGCGCGGGAUGGAGCCGGCCUGCGACGGGAGCCGGCGGGGCGGCCUGGCCCCCUUCGCCGGCCCGCGGGCCCUGCCCGAGCGCGCGGGCAGCCCCGGGGCUGAGCCGCCCCAUGGCCGCCCGGGGCCGCUCCCCGCCAAGGCGGCCUGCGGCCAGGACCCGGCCUCCUGCUACAUCCCGCUGCGCCGGCUGCAGGACCUCGCCUCCAUGAUCAGCGCCGAGGGUCUGCACGGCGCCGCCGCCGAGCCCGGGCCCGGCUCCGGCUCCCCGCCGCCCGCCCCCGAGCCGCCGGCCGCGGCCAGCCCGCCCCCGAGCCCGCCCCCGCCCCUGCCCCUGCCCCCGCCGCCGCCCGGCCUCGGGGCCCCGGACGGCCCGGCGCGGCCCGGCGCGGCCGCGGAGGGAAGCCCGGAGGCCGCGCUGCGGAGGAGCCUCGCGGGAGCCCCCUGCCGCCCGCCGCCGCCCGAGCCGGGGGCCGGGGCCGGGGCCGGGGCCGGGCCGGGCGGCGGCUCGGCGGCUCGCCGGCACCACGAGCCCAUCUCGGCCCUCCUCUGCUCCCCCGCGCCGCCGGCCGAGACGCCGGGCCCGGGCGGCCGGGAGCCCGGCCUGGGGGCGCGGCCCGAGCGGGUCGAGCUGCGCCCGGUGCCCGGGCCCCCGGGGCCGACACGUGGGAGAGCGGAGCAGCCCUGCAGCGCCGCGGACGGGGCCGCCCAGGAGGAUCCCGACCCGAGCCCCGGCGGCCCGCGAAGCGCCGUGGGGACCCCGGAGCCCGGCGCGCGGAGACAGUCUAAUCGAGCCAAGAAGAAACCUGCUCCAGUGAAGUAUGACGUUGGAGAUCUAGUCUGGGCUAAGUUCAACAGACGACCGUGGUGGCCCUGCACAAUCUGUCAUGAUCCAGUGCUCGACUGUCACUCAAAAAUGAAAGUUUCCAAUCGGAGACCAUAUCGAGAGUACUACGUAGAUGCCUUAGGAGAUCCUUCUGAGAAAGCCUGGGUUGCAGGAAAAGCUAUUGUACUUUUUGAAGGCAGAUAUCAGUUUGAAGAGCUACCUGUCCUUCGGAGAAGAGGGAAGCAAAAAGAAAAAGGCUACAAGCACAAGGUUCCUCAGAGGUUUAUGGCGAAAUGGGAAGUCAGUGUUGGACAUGCGGAAGAAUUCCUUCUCAAGGGGACUGAGGAUCAAAAGCGUAGUCAGAAUCCCAGCAAGCUGAACAGUGAGGAUGUGCUGUUGGAAUCCUGCGCUAAUGGCCCUGUAAUGGAACCGGACAGGCAGCUGAAUGGCUGUUUUAAAUCAUUGGCAUUUGACUCCAAACACUCAGCCAGGGAGAAGGGAAGGUCAUGCACUAAAUCACAAGUGAAAAAGAGCUCUGACAGCAGGAAAAGGACUAGAGUAAAAAAGAGCCGCACCAGACUGGAACCAUCUAGGAGAGAAAUUGGAGGAAAGGCACCAGAGAACAUAGUUAGAAACAUGAUUGCUGGGGACCUGCCAGAUAAACAUGCAUCACACGAACUUUGCCGGAUAGCAAACAGCCUAACAGCAUCCAAUGGUGCCGUGGAAAACUACUUGCUCUCUUCUUUUGGAGAAAGACGUUUUGAAAAGACAACCUUGAAACAGGAGUAUCAGGCCCCUCAUGGUGACUCCCUACGGGACACGCUGAAAGUGGAUUUGCUUUCCAGCAGCUCUUCAGAGAAACAGAAAAGCCCCGUAGGCAUUCUUUGCAGUUCCAAAUUACAGGUACACUAUUCUACAGCUGACGCUGCUAUUGAAAAAAAGCAAACUGAGUCCGAUUCGCUGACUUCCUUCUCAGAUGAUGGAACUAGUGAUCUAGAUACCGGGGACCAAAGUUCUGAAGCAGCUUGCAGCGCCCUGGAGAUCAGUGACUCUGCAGAUAAAGAAGAGAAGGAAUUCUCUACAGGGAUGAGGGGAAACAGUAAAUGUUCCAUGUAUCUCUCACAAAACAGCAACAGAAGAGCCAGGAAAAGGUCAUCUAGAGAUCACAGACCUCCAGGUGGCAGAAGUGAUGCUGAAUCUGUGGAUGGGGAGCUCCAAGGAGCAACCUCAGACACUGAGAUGCCUGUUAUUGCUUUAGAGUGUACUUCAGCUAUAAGAAAUGACCAUCUUUCCCUUUCAGAUAAGGACCUUACACGCCAGAGUGUUUGCCGGGAAAGCUCCCACAUUGGGAUUACAAAUCAACUGAAUCUCCACCUGAAAAACAUCAAAGUGCCCCGGCUCAAAAGUAUAAGAAGCAAACACAAGGAGAGUGCUGCUGUGACAGAACCCCCUCUCCUAGAAGAGCAAUGUGGCAUGAAUUGCUGCUCUUCUGACGCCAAAGGUUUCACUGGUCCUCCUGCCAAAAGUGGGAAAGUUGAUAGUCAGGAACCAUUAAAUAAUGUGCAUGAGAGAGCCAGGGAUUCUGCUGAAAUAGAGACUGCCGUGGUGAAGCAUGUCCUCUCAGAGCUGAAGGAGCUAUCCUAUAGGUCCCUUGGUGAUGAAGCUAGUGACUAUGGGGCACCUAAGACCACAGCACCCUUACUCUUCUCUUCUGCCUCUGGGCAGAGUCGUUUGCCCAUUGAGCCAGACUACAAAUUCAGCACCUUGCUAAUGAUGUUGAAAGAUAUGCAUGAUAGUAAGACAAAAGAGCAGCAGCUGAUGUCAGCUCAGAACAUGGUCCCGUAUCGAAAUGCUGGCAUGAGCAGUUCCUCUGGAAGUAAUUCUGCAACUGGCUUGAAGGCUUUGGCUGCAAAAGGAUCCACUUACAAAUUAGAAAAAAAUGGGGAUUGCGUUCUGGAAGCAACAUGUCAGAAACCUGGUGCCAGUGAAUCCUCUCUUUCGUGCAGCGCUACAGCCAAGAUAAGUGGGAGGAGUACUAACAAAAGGGAGCCCACGGAUACUGCUCUUUCUGGUACGAAUGGCACAAAGUGCAUCUCAAGACACAACUGUUCACAAUCUAAGCAGUCAUCCAAGCUAGUAGAUAAUGCAACAUCAAUCAGAAAGGAUUUAAAACUAGAAGGGCUGAGCAAGCCUCUAAAUCAGGUCUCCAGUAAUAUAGCGGAGAAAGCAUCCCUCCCACGCAGGGAUAUGCAGGGCUUGGUUACUAGUCUUAUUGGUAAUGAAAUAGAAGAAACUGCAAGGAAAGAGUCUCUUGAGUUAAUGGAACACUCCACUGAUGAAGACUCUGCGUGUUCAUCUGAUGAUAAUUUAGAUCGUAUCAGAAAGAGGCCUGAACCUGAUAAAAAUACUGAGAGUUGCACUUCUGCUGAAAAUGGUGAGGGCCUAGAGCUGGAUUCGGAAUUGAAUAGCGAAAGCUCCCUGGGGGAUGAGUCUCACGAUGUAGUAAACCAUGUAGCACCCAAGAAGCGAUGGCAGCGUUUUAACCAAAGCAGUGCUAGAACCAGUCGGCACGUCCAUAGAUCUAGGGAAGAAGAGAGCUCCAGGGGCGCCUUUGGGGGCCUGAAUUCUAGUGACUUUUCACUAAAGGGAAAGGAGUGCCUGGAGCACAGGCCUCCCACCCUUUCCCCGGGGCUUGAGGGAGACCUGACAGACCAGGACUGGGAGAAUCACUUAGACUUAGUUGUGAAAAGUUUGAAUGUAUGUGAUAAGCCAAACAAUGAUGUGAUGCAUUCAGAAUCAGAGCUUUGCCGCUUUGCUUCCCAGUCUGAGUUCUCUUCACAAGAUGAAAUGGUUUCUGUGGGGACGCAAAGAGAAGCUUCACCAGUACUCGCACACCCCUCCCUGGCAGUUCAGCUGGGGAGAGCAUAUUCAGAAAAGAAACGCCUUAGAAAGCCGAGCAAACGGCUUCUGGAAUAUGCAGAAGAAUAUGAUCAGAUAUUUGCACCGAAGAAAAAAUCAAAGAAGGGCCAGGAGCAAUUGCAAAGGGUGAGUUCCCGGGAGAGGUCUGAGUUCAAGGGGGAGGAAAGGCUUCCAACACGAUGCAGUCGUGGAAGUGAUAUCCAGAAUAUUCAGCUGGAGCAGAAUCCUGUGAUGUCAACUCCAUCUUCCUCUUCAACCAAAGAUUCUCCUCCGGUCCUUGAAGCAGAACAUUUGCUGUUAGAAGAGCCAGUAUCCCAUUCCUCUGAGCCCACUGACCUACUCCUAGAAGGACAUUCAGAUUUGCCGGAGCUGAUGUUAUCUUCCCCUGAUGUGUCUGAAGUUUCUGCUUGUUCUCUGGAGGCAGAGGAACGUUUCCUGAAAUCAGGGAAUGUGGAGAGUAAGCGUCAGAGGAAGCCAACUAAGAAGCUCUUGGAAUCCAACGAUUUGGAUGCUGUGUUUAUGCCAAAGAAGGAGGGGUGGACUCCUCCAAAGAAGUGUUUUGAUGCUGGCCCUCUGGAGAAUGACCUUUCUGAAUUUUAUUCCACACCCCAGUUUUUGGAUCUCGGAGAAGCUCCUGACAGACUCCCUGAGAAGCAGAGAAAGCGCAAGAGACAGCGAUACUCCCCAGCUACAGCGCAGUACAAGAAAGGAAGGAGUGAAGAUGCACUGGGGGAAGCUCCCAGUUCUGAGGGAGAGAUACCUAUCCAUGGGAGUGCUGCAAGCCCCAAGGAGCUCAAUGAGGAUGGGUCUGAGAAUGACCAUGGAGUGCCUUCAUCCAAAAAGAUGCAGGGGGAGCGAGGAGGAGGAGCAGCCCUCAAGGAGAAUGUGUGUCAGAUCUGUGAGAAGCCGGGGGAGUUGUUGCUGUGUGAAGCGCAGUGCUGUGGUGCUUUCCAUCUGCAGUGCCUCGGGCUCUCAGAAAUGCCGAAGGGCAAGUUUAUCUGCAAUGAGUGUUCGACAGGCGUCCACACCUGCUUUGUGUGCAAGAGCAGUGGGGAGGACGUGAGGCGGUGCUUGCUGCCCUUGUGCGGGAAGUACUACCAUGAAGAGUGUGUGCAGAAGUAUCCACCCACGGUCAUGCAGAACAAGGGCUUUCGAUGCUCACUGCACAUCUGUAUGACUUGUCAUGCUGCUAACCCCGCGAACCUGUCUGCGUCUAAAGGUCGCUUGAUGCGUUGUGUUCGGUGUCCAGUGGCAUACCAUGCCAAUGAUUUCUGUCUGGCUGCUGGGACAGUGAUCCUCGCCUCCAACAGCAUCAUCUGCCCCGCUCACUUCUCUCCCCGGCGGGGCUGCAGAAACCAUGAGCACGUCAACGUCAGCUGGUGCUUUGUCUGCUCGGAAGGGGGCAGCCUUUUGUGCUGUGAGUCAUGCCCAGCUGCUUUUCACCGCGAGUGUCUGAACAUCGAGAUGCCUGAGGGAAGCUGGUACUGUAACGACUGCAAAGCUGGCAAGAAACCACAUUACAAGGAGGUGGUCUGGGUAAAAGUUGGGCGCUACAGGUGGUGGCCAGCUGAGAUUUGCCAUCCUAGAACUAUCCCUGUAAACAUCCAAAAGAUGAAACAUGACAUUGGCGAGUUUCCUGUGCUGUUUUUUGGGUCCAACGAUUACCUCUGGACGCACCAGGCUCGGGUGUUUCCCUACAUGGAAGGCGAUGUGAGCAGCAAGGACAAGAUGGGCAAGGGAGUGGAUGGCAUUUAUAAGAAAGCUCUGCAGGAAGCUGCUGUGCGGUUUGAAGAGCUGAAGGCACAGAAAGAACUGAGGCAGCUGCAGGAAGACAGAAAGAAUGAUAAGAAGCCUCCUCCCUACAAACAUAUCAAGGUAAACAGACCAGUGGGCAAGGUGCAGAUCUUCACAGCAGACCUGUCUGAGAUACCCCGAUGCAACUGCAAACACACAGAUGAAAACCCCUGUGGCCUGGACUCAGAGUGCAUCAAUCGCAUGCUGCUGUAUGAGUGCCACCCCCUGGUCUGUCCCGCGUGGGGGCGCUGUCAGAACCAGUGCUUCUCCAAGAGGCAGUACCCAGAGGUGGAAAUCUUCCGCACGCUGGCACGAGGCUGGGGCUUGCAAGCCAAAAGGGACAUUAAGAAGGGUGAGUUUGUUAAUGAAUACGUGGGAGAGCUGAUUGAUGAGGAGGAGUGUCGGGCACGAAUCCGCUACGCACAGGAGCACGACAUUACCAACUUCUAUAUGCUGACUUUGGACAAGGAUCGAAUCAUUGAUGCGGGACCGAAGGGCAAUUACGCUCGAUUUAUGAACCAUUGCUGCCAACCCAACUGUGAGACUCAGAAAUGGUCCGUGAAUGGUGAUACGCGCGUUGGGCUCUUUGCUCUUGUCAAUAUCAAAGCUGGGACUGAGCUGACUUUCAACUACAACCUGGAAUGUUUGGGGAAUGGAAAGACAGUUUGCAAAUGUGGUGCUCCGAAUUGCAGCGGGUUCCUAGGAGUGCGGCCAAAGAACCCCCCUCACCUCACAGAGGAGAAGUCCAAGAAGUUCAAAAGACGGCAGCAAGUGAAGCGCAGAUCACAGGCAGAGGUCAUGAAAGAGCGAGAGGACGAGUGCUUCAGCUGUGGAGACGGGGGACAGCUAGUGUCGUGUAAGAAGACGGGCUGCCCAAAAGUGUACCACGCAGACUGCCUCAACCUGACCAAACGGCCAGCAGGGAAGUGGGAGUGCCCUUGGCAUCAGUGUGAUGUGUGUGGCAAAGAAGCAGCUUCCUUCUGUGAGAUGUGUCCCAGCUCCUUCUGCAAGCAGCAUCGGGAGGGCAUGCUCUUUAUCUCCAAACUGGAUGGACGCUUAUCAUGCACAGAGCAUGAUCCCUGUGGACCCAACCCUCUAGAGCCCGGGGAAAUUCGUGAGUAUGUCUCUCCCACAGUCCCGCCAGCUAACCGUCAAAACGCUCAGCCCUCUGACCAUCAGCCUGCAGUCCUGGGCCUCAGGCGUCCGCCUUCUGACAGGCUGCCUCUGGCUGUGGCCCUGAGGCUGCAGCCGUCGGACAAGCCCUGCUCCGCCGUGGCCCUGAGGCUGCAGCCGUCGGACAAGCCCUGCUCCGCCGUGGCCCUGAGGCUGCAGCCGUCGGACAAGCCCUGCUCCGCCGUGGCCCUGAGGCUGCAGCCGUCGGACAAGCCCUGCUCCGCCGUGGCCCUGAGGCUGCAGCCGUCGGACAAGCCCUGCUCCGCCGUGGCCCUGAGGCUGCAGCCGUCGGACAAGCCCUGCUCCGCCGUGGCCCUGAGGCUGCAGCCGUCGGACAAGCCCUGCUCCGCCGUGGCCCUCAGGCUGCAGCCGUCGGACAAGCCCUGCUCCGCCGUGGCCCUCAGGCUGCAGCCGUCGGACAAGCCCUGCUCUGCCGUGGCCCUGAGGCUGCAGCCGUCGGACAAGCCCUGCUCUGCCGUGGCCCUGAGGCUGCAGCCGUCGGACAAGCCCUGCUCCGCUGUGGCCCUGAGGCUACAGUCAGAUAAACAACCCACCAUUGUAUCCCUGAGGCUUCAGCAGUCGGACAAGCCUCUUGCCACCACUGCAGGCCAGCAGCCUCCGCCCUCAGAUGAGUCUCCUUCCGCUGCUGGGGCUCUGCUGUCUCCUCCCGCAGAUGAGUCUCCAACCAAGGGCCUGCAUCCUCUGCCAUCGGACGAGUCUCCCACCGCUACCCAGGCUCAGUGGCCCCAGCUAAUGGACGAGUCUCCCGCCCUUGCUAGGGUCCCACGGCCGCAGCCAUUGGGCGAGUCUCCCAUCAAGGGCCCGCAGCCCCUGCUGUCAGAUGAGGCUCCCGCCACGGGGGCCCUGCAGCGUCAGGCGUUUGACAGGCCUCCAAGGCUUUUGCUGUCUGAGAAAGCACUGCGGCCCGGGGAUCAGAAUGCUGAGCCAAAAGAGAGAGGAGCCGCAGUGGGGGAGCCGCAGCCACAGCAGAAAGAGCGAACUUGUUUACCUGAGGAGCAGACUUCUCGGGCUGCAGGGACGGCCGUGACCCACGUGGGGCAGGCACCUUGGCCCAUGGAGAAAUUACAGACACCUGAGCCGCCAACGCAGGCUGACCGGGAAGUGGCAUCAGCACCCACAGAGCAGAGCCCUUGGACUGCCGAGAGGUUACGUACAUUUGAACAGACCCCCCGGCCUGCCAGGGAAGCACCAGUGCCCCCAGAGCAGGCUUCAUGGCUUGCCAGGAACAUUCAGACAUUUGAGCAGAUCUCUUGGCUCUCUGGAAAAGCACAGACACCCCUGGGGCAGGCCCCUUUGCCUGAGCAAAACGUAGUGCUCGUCCGCACCCAGGAUUCUCCCAGUCAGGAAUUGGCUGAAUCGAAACCGAAGUGAAGUCAGUGAAUGAGGCAGGCAGGUUGCAGUCGGUUUGUUUGGGGAGAGGGAUUUUCUUUGUUUUGUUUGUUGUUCACGUCCCUGAUCCCAGCCUCGAGCCCAGGUGCUCUCAUGACAUAAGCAAGGACGUUUACCUAAACCGGAGUGUGGCCCAGCCACGGAGAGUGAGCAUCAGCGACCUUUUUUCCUCUUCCUUUUACAAACGGUAAAGUUGAAAUAAAGAGUCCACUCCGGAUAAAAUCUCUAAUUCCAUUGAAAUGGUCAUGUUACUGAUCUAGCGUGUCUGCGUGCGAGGUCUGCAUCCAAAAGGGGUUUCCAAAACACAGCUAAAUGGCCCUGAGGAAGCAAUUUCCUUUCUCUUAACUGUUCUUAGUGAAAGCAGAACAACUAGUCUGAACUGGGAUCUCAGAUGUUUCAAAUGAUUAAAUGGUGCACAGAGUAAUUGGACAAGUGUCUUUGCUAGACUCUGAAGAGGGGAAGGGAUUUAGCACUUGCGCUGCCCAAUUCUCCUUCCCCACAGGGUUUUCCUUUGCAAGUGUUUGCCUGAGUGUGCACAUUGAUAUGUGUCACCAGUGCAAGGCUCACCCAAAACACAGGUGCUGUUAUAAAAUGGUGGAGUCCCUUGGAGUUAGUGAAGGAGCCUGCUCCUGCCAGACUGUACAGUUCAUUCCAGCGUGGGCAAGAGAACUGCUUCUGCGCAGGCCCUGUGAUUGGGGAUGGGGGGAGAGGGUCUCUGAAGAUACCAUCUGCCAGGAUUCUCCUCUUGGGUCUUAGCUCUGUAACGUGAGAGAGGCGGAAUUUCCACGGCACAUACGAUGCUCUGAGCCCUGGAGGCAGCUGUUGUAGCAGGGUAGCGCUUGAGUAAGGCCCCGACUGGAUGCUGAGCGCUGCCUUUGCCAGGGUAGAGAUGCUGCCCUUCUGAAUGCUCCAGGCAGUUCCUUCUUCUCCUUGGUUGUUACCAUGAACUAGCAAACUAAAUAGUCUCUUCCUCCCCCAUCUCAACCACAUGCUUAGGAGUCCUGUUUGCAGAGUGUCUUGGUAGCCCUAGCAGAGUGAAUUCUGUGGAAUUCACUCCAUAGUGCAGAGUCAAGAAGCUAUUUCAGAAGGCAUGCUGUAUCCAGAAUGGAAAACCAUGUCAACACCCUUCCCCUUGGUUAGCCUCUGUAUUUCCAACCAAAAAACCCCACAGGAGACUUGAAUUAUCUGGACUAUGUUGAAGUGUCUGUGUGUCAGAAAACCAGCCCCUCAAGGUAAUAGUUCUCACACUGGAACACAAUGGCUCUAGCACCUGGCUCCCCCCCCCCCCCCCCAUCACACUCAAGGUAACUCUGUGCCUGGUGACUUGCCGGGCUGGUAUUCCGAGUAGACCUGAUGGAAGCAGUUACGUGACCUGACUGCUGAGGCAGAAAUACACACUGCUAUGGCACUGAUACGGUGUGCGGUGGAAUAACAGGCAGGGACGUAGGAAAUGGCUACUUGUGACUUAGUGACGCUUGUGAUCUGCGAAGGAGUGGCCGGGCAGUCUGCGUCCGUGCUGCCCACGGUCAGUGCAGUGCGCUGUGCCAGCCGUAAGCACUGUUUCAUCAGCACGGUCUCCCAAGACAUUACCUGCGCGACAUGCCUGAGCUCCACUGACCUGGGCCCAUUGUUUCAGAGAGAGCACAGUAGGUCUCUCCCCAGAGGGGGAGCCCUAGUUCCAUACUAGCCCCUUUCCUCUAACUUGGGAACAGGUCAGGGCUGGCGUUCAGCUCGUAUGUUCCCACUGCUCCAAGAGAGAGCAAUAAUUAGCUUUGUGGGUUUCUGUGACAGGCAGAGAGGUCUCUGUAACAAGGCAAAUCAUGAUCCAUUCUCCUUUCCAAAGUCAGCUCCCCAAGAGUGUCCCCUCUGGGCAGUGCUGUCGUGUGUCUCCUCUCUAGUCUGAAUCACUUCAGGCCCCUCAGUGUAGCUCGUGACUUGGAAAAGCUUUAUGGCUUAUGGAAUCUUAGUGUUUAGUGUUGUUUUUCCGUGAAGACCUGCGGGUCAGUCCCUGAUCUCUGCUGAGCUGGGGGAGAUGCAAGCAGCUAUUGUUUUGCAUGACUCCUGCACAAAGGGAAUCAGGAUGUCUCCUCAGAGCCAUUGAGAGAGGAUAAACUAAGGGCAUUUUAUUAACUUUUUAAAUAAAAACAAAAUUACAAAAAAAACGGUAAUGAGGUUCAGUAUGUUACGUAUUUAUCAUGUGUGAGAAGGAAAAUAAAUCUCUAAUUUACAUUGAUAGCCCUUCCCAUGAGCUGGACUUUGCCAUGUAGAUUGUGUGAGUAGGGUGUCCUCUGUGCCAGCCGCCCAGCCAGUGGAGCUGUAACAAGAAAAGACAUCUGCACUGCUUUGUCCAACUCUGUUUUUGCAAUGUCAUGUGUUAACUAGUUAUUUGUUUCAUGAAAAAUAAACUGUGAAUAUUUUUGGUGCAGGCUAUUUUAAAUCUUUACAAUGGAAAAGUUCUCAGUGAAUUCUCAUGAGCGCAGGUUUGAAGAAUCUUCCUUAUAAGUCAUGUGUUGAAAUAUAGGGCGAGGUUCACAGCAGCAGCAGAAUCCCUUCACUCUCAGCAGUUAUUGAGGAGCUCCUGUUUGAACAGUGAAAGUAGAUUGAGCCAUUGCAUGAUAUUUUAAGCCCCCGGCCUUCCGCCACUCAUUUGACUACACCACUGUUUCUCUUCUCUUCUCUUCUCCCUCCAGAGCUUUUCUGUACAGAUCCAGUUUUCCAGCCCACCCACCUUCCAGCUGACACGGGUCACAGAGCUGACUUUAGAGUAGGUGUGCACCUGCUUGGUUAAAUAUGGAUCCGCACUGGGAAAUAUCACGUAAAGGCAGUGCUUGUGUCAGCUUAGAAGUUAAGACAAAUGCCUCUCUAGGCGGAAGAGGGUUAGUGACUAGGAGAAGUGAGGAAAGCAGGAAGCAGUUGUUCUGUAUCAGCUGGAAGGGGUUGUGCAGUUAGUGGGGUUUUCCUCUCUGCCCGGGGCUGAACACCCCACUCCCCGGGAGUGGAAUGUGCCCCGGCCCCUCGCUAGCAAGCUGUAGAACACUGACGAAUCGUGGCUGGCUGGCCACUUCUGUGUUAUCCCAGGCUGGAGGAGGAAGCUUUUGAUACCGAUGGGAACAUCUCUGUAAGUUAAUAUGAUGGAGAAGAAAUUAACAGCUUUAUGUCUGAACCCUGUUGGCAACCUCAGCAUACAGGCCACGGUCUGAAACAGAAUACUCUCUUGCCUCUAGAUGUGAUCCCUGAGACAUGCUCUGCUGGAACCAAGGCUGCCUUUUUUCAGGGAGGACUAAAGUGACUUCAGCCUCAGGGUCAGACUGGCACUCUUUGUAUGCCAGGUAAAUCCACACUAAAGGAAACAAAACUGAAUUCCACUGUUUGAGAUGGUGGCAGCCAGCAGAGCCAGCCAGCUGCAUCUGCUGACUUGGAUGGCCGGAGGAGACACUUGUACUGGGGCGGUUUAAAUGCCAUUUAUUUCCUUUGCUACCUUUUAGAAUUUUCAUCAAUAAUUCAAGUCACUGGAUUCUUUAUAUAGAAAAUAGCAUUGCAAACAUGUUAGUGCUCAUGUAGGAUAGUAGCAAGAGAGAGAAACGGUCAGUUUUAAAGUAAAUUAAAUGAAGUGUGCCGGCAGUUCAUUCUGGCCUUUGCCACAGACACUGAGCUCUACUGAGAUCAAACAAUUUAAUGGAGAGAGAGAGAGACUCUGGGUGCAUCUACACUAGAGACAUCAGAAAGAACAAGGAGGACUUGUGGCACCUUAGAGACUAACAAAUUUAUUUGAGCAUAAGCUUUUGUGGGCUAAAACCCACUUCAUCAGAUGCAUGCAGUGGAAAAUACAGUAGGGAUAUAUUCCUACUGUAUUUUCCACUGCAUGCGUCCCAUAUUCCUACUCUAUUUUCCACUGCAUGCAUCCAAUGAAGUGAGCUGUAGCCCACAAAAGCUUAUGCUCAAAUAAAUUUGUGAGUCUCUAAGGUGCCACAAGGACUCCUCGGCCUUUUUGCAGAUACAGACUAACCCGGCUGCCAUUCUGAAACUAGAGACAUCAGUACCAGAUAGAGGGGCUGCCCCACAGGCAAGGUGGAGUCAAGUUUUGCACUUAAAGCAGAAAUUCACCCUCGUUGUUGAAGACAAACACAUUCUCCCUGCAUAGCAAAGAGGUGUCAGACAUUCUCUCCUCCUCCCCUCCCCCCUGCCCCCCAAUAGUCUCCGCUCCUCAGGUGUUACUGCAAAAGGUGGCUCCUGAGUAGUGCAAGGGGUGGUUUUGAGAAGAAGAGUUUUGGGUUAAGAGCCAUGUUUUCUCUCUGCUUGUAACUGAAAGUUUCCCAUUUGGCAGAGGCUGAAGAAGGUUUCAUAGAAACUUUCCAAUAAAAGCCCUCUUGCGAAAUGGCUGCAGGCUCCCAUUGUUCUCCAAGGGACUGAGGCCAUUCGCUGCCUUUAGCAAAGAUGGUCACCACCUCUACUCAUCAGCUCCUCCCAGCGCUGCUGUCUGUCCCCUGCCUGCAUAGAGCCAUUGUCUCCCCUGAGGACUUCACUCCCAUUGGGAACAAUGGGAAGCAGUGGUCAGCGUUGCAAAGCCUGUGACCUCAGUACCAUUCAGAGCAGUGGGAGCAGUGAGAGGGAGGUCAGUAGGCAUGCAUGCCUGUUUGGAAGGGAAGCCUUCGGUGAGCUUUUCUGUAGGACAAGAUGCUAUGCACCAGCCUCUGCUGCUGGAGAAAACACUCAGUACUACUUUGAGGUCUGGCCAUGGGGGGGGCACGUGUUCCAAGUACUCAGGACCAGAAAUUCUUCAAUAGCCAUGUCCCUUGGUCCGUGUCUGUGCUCUGCGUCUCCUCUGCUAUGAACUGAGGGCAUAUAAGUGACAGUGCGGAUCAGCUGCUUCUCCAGUUCCUUGCUACCGCUCACAUCCUGGGACUAAGCCCUGUUGUGUUUGUUAGUCUCUUCGCCUCUGUUCAGUGUUAGCUGUAAACAUUAAACAUGUUUCUAAUGGUGUAUUGGUUAUGUGGCUCUUUUCACUAGUUAGCUAGGGCUUUUCAAGUAGCUGUUAGUUAGUGGUGAUCAGGAGGUUCCCCCCACCUUAUUCUCCCUAUGUCCAAGGCAUUUAUGCCCAAGGCCCCAGGUUUCAAGCACUGUGUUGCAUGCCCUCAGGUCUUCCUGUUCACCACCGCUCACAAGACCUGUCUCUACUGCCUCCAGGAAUCUCACAUCCCGUUGAACUGUGAGACCUGCUACUCCUUCCUCUCCCCCUUGUGCUAGGCCAUCCCAGCAGCUCGGACUCUGCAGGGACCUGAGAGCUCUCCAGCAGGCCUGCGGACUCGAAGAGGAUGCAUGAAGAGGGUAGGGAAAGACACUCAUCAGAAGACUGACAAGUCCUCUAAUAAGUCGUCAAAGAAGAGGAUGGCUCCCCAUCCCUUGGGGCUGAGUGAGAAUCCAUGCCCCAGACCAGGUGCACCCAGAGUUCCCAGGGAGCAAGAGCCGGCACCAGCAGUACCAGGAGAGUCCAGCGCUCUGAAACCGACUCCAAAGCGCUCUCUAUAAAUGAGGCCCUCUUGGAGCCUGCUAAAAACCUUUGGCACAAACCAGCCCCCUUCCCGGCUGUCCCAGAAAAAGGAAAGCUUGUAGCAGGUCAUCUCUGCAGGCAUCCCUGGAUGCCGUGAACAUGGCUUCCUGUUCUGUGGCUACGUCGGCCAUGAGAUGGGCAUCGUGGCUGCAGGCGUCGGAUCUCCCCAAGGAGGUUCUAGCUGCUCUAGAAGAUCUAUCCUUGGGGGCAACAACUUACUGAGUGAAAGGACGGAUGAGUCACUCAAAGACACUUGUGCCACCUCAAUUCCUCAGGAAUAUGCACCCUGGCUUCUCUCAGAAAAUAUUCUAAACUACCCCACGCUAGAGACUGCCCAGCCCCACAGCUGUGGUACCACUGGGGGUCCUGUCCUAUGGGCCACUGAGAACCUGCCAGAGGGUACAGGGCAACAGACGCACCGCUGUCCCCUCUCCAGUCUCAGACAUCUCUCAGCAAGUCUGAUCCUCAAGGAGACAACUGAGAGCUUCACACACAGUGCUUGUCUGUCCAGUCUCCCCACCCCUUUUGAUGGACAUCUAAUCUGUUUUCUUCUGAUGUGACAACAUUUAACUUCUAACAGAUGGGUCUUUGGCAUCAUCUCAGCCAGCUACACAAUCCGAUCCCUGUCCUUCUGCAAAAUCCCCAUCCUCAUCUCUAGAACAACAGAACUGGUACCUGCUGAAUGCCGGGGAAACAGCUUUUACUCCAGAUACUUCCUGAUCCCCAAAAGGAAGAGGGGCGGGGACCCACCCUGGUCUCCGGCAGCUGCCGUUCAGCAGUCAGGAUGAUUACUGUGGAUGCUCUAGUCCCCUCCCUGGACAAAGGCAGCUGGUUUGCAGCUGUCGAUUUAAAGGAUGCCUUUUCACAUAUGUGCAGUCAGGAAAUCCCUGCAUUUCAUGAUGGGGUCAGAGCACUUCCAGUACCAGGUCCACGCCCCUGGGGCCUUUUGGCAGCACCGGUGGCUUUUACAAAAGUCCUGUUAGUAGUGCAGCACACCUACACUAUCACCGCUACCAUGUACGUCCCUGUCUAGGUGACUGGCUCCUCCAGGGAUGAUCAUAUCAGGCAGUACAUACAGCAUUCGCUGCCCUGCUUGACCUGUGCCCCUCCUUGGGGCUUCAGGGAAACCCAGGAAAGUCCAUUUAACACCCACGGCUGCAGAAUUUAUUGGAGCAGUUCUUGACUUGCUUGCAUCCAGAGCUUACUCACCACAGGACAGAUUCCUAACAAUGAGAGACCUCAGUAUCCAACUUUUCUCAGUCAUCAGACAGCAGUCUGGUCCUCCUAGGCCAUGUGGUGACACGCACCUACACCCAUCCUCAGGCUUCCCCCCGCAGUCUCCAGGCUUGGCUGAGGAAAGUCAACAUCCCAAACAAGGACUCCUUGGACAAGAGUCACCCUUCCUUCCAGCAUUCGGGUAUCUCUCACCUGUUAGGAAAAGGGAGUCGGUAUUUGCGGGGAUUCCCUUUGCUCCCACCCCACUCCCAAGGACACUUGUGACAGACGCAGCCUGACUAGACGGGGGAGCCCACCUGCAUGACUACAUAGAUUAGCGUUCCUAGACUUUGCAAGAGUUCACAUGCCACAUCAACCUGCUCAAGCUUUGUGCCGUCCACAAAGCAUGCACACAAGUUCUCCCCUUUUUCUGAGCCACCUGUCCAGGUCAGAUCAUUCUGCGGGGAGGCUGUCCAGCUGGGAGCUGGUGCAUCCAGCAGCAGCUCACCCUCUCUGCAAUGCACCUACUGGGGAGAAUGAAAACUCCCUAGCAGACAGCCUCGGCAGGCGUUCUCACGCAACCCAUGAAUGGGAGCUCUGUUUGUCCAUCAUCCAACAAACCUUGUGCCAGUGGGGAUCCCCAUUUUGUGAUGACUUUGCAACCCAGGACAACAGUAAGUACCUGACUUAUUGCUUUUGCCAUACAUUUGCCUGCAGCCAUUUCUGGACCUGCUGUCACAGAAUGGGGACAGGACCAAUCAUCCCAACCCAUAUCUCUUCAUCUGACAGCCUGUUUUUCGGAUGGACCACAGAUUUAGAGAGACCCUACUUGGCGAUCCCUGCUACUCAGUAGCAGGAAACCUUCUGUAAGGAAGUGUUACACUGCUGAGUGCAAGCAGCUCUCCAUGUGGUGUCAGAGGCACAAUUUGCCUCAGGAGGGUCUGGCGUUCCUCUUAUCCUGGACUGUCUCCUCUUCUGGAAGUCAGCCGGCCUAUCCAUCAUUUCAUUAAGGGAUUAUUGAGCGCUGUCGAUGCCUUUCAUCCUCAGUAGAGGACUGGUCAGUUCUCACCCAUCCCACAAGAGUCAAGUUCUUAAAAGGCAUUGUUAGAAUGUUCCUACAGUAUCAAGACCCCCUCUGUCUUGGGACCUGAACUUGGUCCAUUCCCAACUCAUGAAACCACCGUUUGAACCCUGAGCCUCCACCUCAGUCCUACUCUUUGAAGGUAACUGUCCUUAAAGCUGUUGGCCAGGAGAAUGUGUGAGUUUGGGCCCAGUGGCAGACCUGCCUGAUCCUGUCAUUCACAGGGACAGUGUCCUUGAGAUUGUAUCCCAAGUUCCAUCUGACUUCCACUGUAACCAGCCGUUCACCUGCCUGUGUAUUACCCAGAUUUUCACAGGAAUAGUGAGGGCGGGAGGUUGCUCUCUGGAUGCUGAAUAGCUUGGUUGUUCUGUCUGGAUAGGACAAGGUCCUGCAGGAGAUCUCCACGGCUGUGCGUCCAUAGCUGCGCGGAUGAAAGGAGAAGCAGUAUCUUCUCCAGGACACUCGGAAUGGAUUUCCAGCUGCAUCCUUCUCUGCUCUGAGAGGGCGGGAGCCCCUCUCCAGACUCUCAGGGCUCAUUCUACCAGAGCACAAGCUGCUGCAGUGGCACCCUGCCACGGGACCCCUCUGAAGUGUGUUGAGCGAUGGCACUCCAUUCACGUGUUCGCUGGGCACCAGCCACUGAAUCAGGCCUCGGCUGAGCGCGCUCCCUUCAACUCAGCCAUUCUGUGAGCUGUGUACAGAACUCAUCCUGCCCACCGCCUGCUGGGCACUCACCCACAGUGAGUAGCCAUUGGGACCAGCACUUGAUGAGGAAAAAGGGAAGUUUAUUUUCCUUAACUGGGUUCGUUCUUAUGUGUGGUCUCUGCAGACCCACCCUCCUCCUCCGGCUUCGGAUCCUCACGGGAUUCAUGGCAGAGUAGGAACUGGAGAUGCCGUCGGUCCAUGCCACCCCUUAACCCCUUGGUUCACAGCACAAGGAGACGCAGGGCACGUGGGUGCCCCAACAGACAUCACUCUUGAAGAAUUUCCAGUCCUGGGCAUGCACAGCACGUGCAGACAUGGUGAAUACCCGCUGGGACAUCUCGUAGCUCUCCUGUUACUAUAAGUAACCUUCCUUUAUGAAGAAUAACUGCAAAAUGAUGAUGCUUAAUACUAAUCAGGUUUUUUCAAAAACUACCUGUUGCACCAAAUCUCUCCAGCUGGGAGAUCAGGGAGAAACGGUGGGGGUGGGGUAUGCACAGGGGAAUGUGGAGGGAACGGGUACGGGCAUAUGCACUUGAUGCAUUGUGCUGCUCUGACGAUUGAAAACAACUGCAAACGCAGCGUAAUUAUCCACCUCUGCACUGCUUCUGAAUGCCUAAAGCAGCCAGCGCACUGGUGAAUCUGGACACAAAAAUUACCAUUUUAUAAGAUGGUUAAGGCUGAUGCUACAUAUCUUCUUCUGAUCAUUAAAAAUAUCCCUUGGUAGCUGUUUCUUUGUGAGUUUUGUUUACUGAUCACAUAUGAAAACUUUAGUAAUUAAAAAGAAAACAAAUUCCCAGAGAAAAAUGUAUGAUGGAGUUAAGGUAGAGAAUACAUAUUAGUGAAUUAGAGUAAAAAAAUACAGGGAUGUUGUGAUUAAUUUUAAACAAGCAUCAUUAAACCCAGGGAAUUUGGAGUUCAUGUUAAACAUAAAAGAAAUACAGCAUGUUAAGAUGAGACUAGGCAGGAUUGAGUUGUGGAAACAACCUUAACUCAUUCCUGUAAAGGCGGAAAUGAAAAAUGGGCAAAAGUCAGUUCAGUUUAAUCUGAAAACGCACAGGCUCUGAUGAGCAUCAGUCAUAACUGAAUGGUUCUUGGCUGACAUCACUACAGGGCGGAGGCAGGGUUGUUUGGGAGCCUGAACUGUGCGUUUCAACAACUUAACGUGUUUGGAUUUCUGUUAAAUUUAGCCUUAACUCUCAAUUGACAUCUCUCGAAUGUAUGUUACCCUACAUUACCGAUACGCGUGCUCAGCCGUACACCAUCUGAACCUAGCUGAUAUCUGGGAAGGUUACGGCAGAACUUGCAGUGAUAACUAGUGCAGACAUCUGUUCUGAACAGCUUCUCAGGACGUGGUGUCAAAGUUGCCUGAGGCUUGUCUACAAUAGGACAUACGCUUACUAGUACUGCACCAUUGGAAGCAUAUGUAGUGAUCCAGUUACUAACUUUUCUAAUGUAGACAGGCCUCCCUGCUCAUUGGGUUCUUGUACCCGUGGAAAAGGGACAAAUCUAGGUAAGGAGGGAGAUUGUCAAUAGGUUUUCCUUCACUUUCCCGUUGGCGUCAGCGGGAGCUUUGCAUGUAGCCUGCUAGCAGGGCUCUUGGCGACCGGGCACUAAAUGAAAGCAGAUUCCUUCCUUUAGAGACGUCCUGAUGUGAUGUUCUUCUUGAAGUCAGCCAGCCCCCUCUGCCAUCUUGGCAGCAGAGUGAUAUGCUGCACCAUGGGCUAGAGGAGUGGCUGUGGUGGCAGGCCUGGCAGAACUCAAUCUACCUCUUGGGGAAAUCUCUACAAAUUAAUAGUGCUGUGUCCUGUUGCUAGGGAAAGUUGUAAUCUUAAAUUUGCCCUUGGCUAAGUACUUGGGCUCUCAUGGUGCUAUUGUACAGAGUUUGGUUGUUCAGAACAGUAGGGCUGAAUUCACGUCCCCCAGCCCUACGCCAGGAGUUCCUUUGCAAGCUGAAUCCUUUCCUUCUCUGGUAGCUGGGCUGGGCCUUCGGUUAGAGUCACUGAAACAGACAGGACAGGGCUCACAGGAGCACCCUGAUUGUUUUGAUGUUACCCAGAUUUGAGAUGCCUUCAAACCAGACCAAGCUGCCAGCGAGUCUCUGGGUUUUUUAAAAAAGGACCUGUGCGUGCGCUGGGACAUGUAUGUUCUUCUGGGUUGCCAUAGGGACUGAGCUGGCUUCAGGUUUAUGAUGUUUCAGAACCGUUGACAUAGAGGAAAUGGAUUUUGGACCUUUAUGCUGGGAACCUGUAAAGCAAACUGAACAGUCAGCAUGCUCUGUUGGUGUCUGCAGGGAGGAUAAAGGAUUGGAACGAAAUCAGUUAAGCUGCUUGCAGACCUAUAUGAUACAGGAGUUUGAGAACCAAUCAGUCAUACACAGGAGAACGGAAUUAAAGCGUUAGCAAGAUCACUGCCUUGAGAUGGGCAGGAAGUUCUGUAUUUUCUAACAAGCAGUUUGUUGUGUUAGCAAGUGAGAGAUGCUCCAAGCUUUGGUCAGAGCAGCUUGACAGCAGAGGCCUGGCCUUGCUUACACUUGGCACUCUGCCCCCUACCCCCAGGUCUGCCUUUGUUAGGCCAGCGGGAGCCUGGUGUAAAGUGCACACGGCUUUGAAAAGCUCCUACCAUUGUCCCCUUGGCUAGCCCCCAGUUGGCUAGCAGAACUGGGGGUGGAAAGUUGUGCUCAGCCUCAGGGUUGGCCCUUUCCUGUUGCACUGGUUUUCCCUAACACUGCACUAGGCUUGUAUAAGUCCAGUAGUUCCUUCCGCGCCCCCCAGCCUGCAGUGCGAUCCUCAGGACUGAACAGGGGAAUUCUCUUCCCCACAGUUCAGCAUCUGGAGCAAGACGUGCCCCUGCAGGGCCCUUGUCUGCUGUGACCAAGGGAGGGGUUCCCCCUCCUUACCCUGAGGAAUAAAUGAUGAAACAUGAGGGAUCGAUCAGGUUUGUAUGAAGCUGCUUAAAAGCACGGGGGAGAAAAAUUUGUAAAAAGCAAAGCGCCCCUUCCCCCGUGUGGGGCAUGGCCAGCGCUCUGUGCUUCAGCUGAAGCUCCAGCUGGGAGUGUGAUAUUCCGGCCCCUGGGCCAGGAACUAAGAGGAUAGGACUAACACCGCACGGUCACGCAGCAGAGAAGAGGGCUGUAGAGGCAAAUUGCUUCAGUGUGAUUACGCUAACAAGCUGAAUGAAGAAUACGCAUGAUAGCGUUCCUACCCCAAGUCUGUCAUAUCAGACCGCACGCACGCACGCUGCCCUGGGGCUGGUGAGAUGGACACCGGGCAGGGCCCAUGCCGUAGCAAAACCUCCACUGAAGUAACUGGGAAUAGUGCCUGAGUAACAACUGCAGGAAGGGGUUGCCAAGUGUCACUGUGCCCUGCCAUGACUGUCCGGUGCUUUAUUUGUAUGUGUGUGCAGGGAGCAGUGGAUGGUGGAUGAACACAGCACAUGGGAGUUUGUGAAAGAUUGUCUAAUGUAAUGGUGUUACACAGAACUCACCUGCCACACGUCCUGUACAAAGAACAUGAGAUUGAGUGAGAGAGGCUUAUAUAUUUACAGUAUAUAUCUAUUAUUUUUAGAAGAGGGAGAAGGGGAGAGUCUUGGACCAUUGAUUAAUUUCACUUUGCUCCCCUUAGACUGUUGGCUGUGUAUGUGAAACUUAUGAUAAUGAAAAGAGGGUUGGCCUUCUCCAGGUGCUCCCAGAUUAUGUACUGUAAUUCUUUGUAUAUAGAAGAAAACAAUUACUGUAAAGUAAAGUUUAACUUUACUCUUGAA